CGUGCUGCGCGUGCGCCCGCCUAGGCGGCGCGAGGUCACGGAAGGGGGAUGUUACUCCGGCUGGUGGGGGCGGCCGGCAGUCGGGCCCUGGCCUGGCCUUUCUCCAAGUUGUGGCGCUGUGGUGGCUGCGCAGGAAGCGGCGGGGCGGUCUGGAGCAGCGUGAGGGUCGGUGGCAUUGCUCGGCAGAAACAGCCUGAUUGGCUCUCCUGUCGUCCUCAGGGGAUAUGCUCGCUGCAGGCUCUGCAGGGAAGACUGACUUGGUUCUCCCCAAGACUGUGUUCAGAACCUCCCAAAGGGUUUGAGAAAUUUUUUAGGAAUAAGAAGAAUGGAAGAAGUACAGAACCAGGAAACUCAGUAGCUCAAAAAAAAGAAACUGUAGAACCAAAGAACACUGGGCCUGGAGGAGAUGGAGGCAAGAGAGGAGGGAAGCAAGAUGGCUUUGCCUGGUGGAAGCGGAUGCAGAAGGGGGAGUUUCCGUGGGAUGACAAGGAUUUCCGGAGUCUGGCUGUUCUGGGGGCAGGCGUGGCUGUGGGAUUUUUAUAUUUCUAUUUUCGAGAUCCUGGAAAAGAGAUCACCUGGAAGCACUUUGUGCAGUAUUACCUCGCCAGAGGUCUGGUGGAUCGGCUGGAGGUUGUGAACAAGCAAUUUGUGCGUGUUAUUCCUGUCCCUGGGACGACGUCCGAGAAGUUUGUGUGGUUUAACAUUGGCAGUGUUGACACCUUUGAGAGGAACCUCGAGUCCGCUCAGUGGGAGCUGGGGAUUGAGCCCACCAACCAGGCUGCGGUAGUCUAUACUACAGAGAGUGAUGGCUCUCUUCUCCGAAGCCUGGUGCCCACCCUGGUCCUGGUUAGCAUCCUCCUCUAUGCUAUGAGGAGGGGUCCAAUGGGGACUGGUCGUGGCGGGCGAGGAGGAGGCCUCUUCAGUGUUGGUGAGACAACAGCCAAGAUCUUAAAAAACAACAUUGAUGUGAAGUUCGCCGAUGUGGCUGGCUGUGAAGAAGCCAAGUUGGAAAUUAUGGAAUUUGUGAAUUUCCUGAAGAACCCAAAGCAAUAUCAGGACUUAGGAGCCAAAAUCCCAAAGGGAGCAAUGCUUACUGGUCCACCUGGUACUGGCAAAACACUUCUUGCAAAAGCAACUGCUGGGGAGGCCAAUGUGCCCUUCAUCACUGUGAAUGGGUCGGAGUUCCUGGAAAUGUUCGUUGGUGUUGGGCCAGCACGGGUUCGUGACAUGUUUGCAAUGGCCCGGAAAAAUGCUCCUUGUAUUUUAUUCAUUGAUGAGAUUGAUGCAAUUGGCAGGAAGCGAGGUCGUGGUCACCUGGGAGGCCAGAGUGAGCAGGAGAACACUUUAAACCAGAUGCUGGUGGAGAUGGAUGGCUUCAACUCUACCACUAAUGUGGUAGUGCUAGCUGGCACCAAUCGCCCUGAUAUCCUUGACCCAGCCCUGAUGCGGCCUGGCCGGUUUGACCGCCAGAUCUACAUUGGUCCCCCUGAUAUCAAAGGCAGGUCCUCUAUUUUCAAGGUUCACUUGCGUCCUCUCAAGCUAGAUGAAAGCCUCACCAAAGAUGCUCUUUCGCGGAAACUAGCCGCUCUUACUCCGGGUUUCACUGGUGCUGAUAUUUCCAAUGUGUGCAACGAAGCAGCACUGAUUGCUGCCCGCCAUCUUAGCCCUUCUGUUCAGGAGAAGCACUUUGAGCAAGCCAUCGAGAGGGUCAUUGGAGGCCUUGAGAAGAAGACCCAGGUCCUACAACCCAGUGAAAAGACGACUGUCGCCUACCAUGAGGCAGGGCAUGCAGUGGUGGGCUGGUUCCUGGAACAUGCAGACCCUCUGCUGAAGGUGUCCAUCAUCCCUCGGGGCAAGGGGCUUGGCUACGCUCAGUACCUUCCCCGCGAGCAAUACCUCUACACACGGGAGCAGCUCUUCGACCGCAUGUGUAUGAUGCUGGGGGGCAGGGUGGCUGAGCAGCUGUUCUUUGGCCAGAUCACUACAGGGGCUCAGGAUGACCUGAGGAAGGUCACCCACAGUGCCUAUGCCCAGAUUGUUCAGUUUGGAAUGAGCGAGAAGCUGGGCCAGGUAUCCUUUGACCUCCCCAGACAAGGAGAGACCAUGGUGGAGAAACCGUACAGUGAAGCCACUGCCCAGCUCAUUGAUGAGGAGGUCCGGCACCUUGUCAGGUCUGCCUACGAUCGGACCCUGGAACUGCUCACACAGUGCCGGGAGCAGGUCGAGAAGGCACCCAAAAAGAAAGGGAAGAAAGGCAAAGCCAAGGGCAACCAGAUUGUGGAUGGGCUCGCACCAGAGGACAUGACCAAGGAGCAGGUGGAGGAACAUGUUGCCCGCAUCCGGGAGGAGCUGGAUCGGGAGCGAGAGGAGCGCAACUACUUUCAGCUAGAGCGUGACAAAAUCCACACUUUCUGGGAGAUCACAAGAAGGCAGCUGGAGGAAAAGAAGGCUGAGCUUCGAAACAAAGACCGUGAGAUGGAGGAGGCAGAGGAGAGGCACCAGGUGGAGAUCAAGGUGUACAAGCAGAAAGUAAAGCACCUGUUGUACGAGCACCAGAACAACCUGGCAGAGGUGAAGACCGAGGGCACUGUCGUCAUGAAGCUGGCCCAGAAGGAGCACCGCACACAGGAGGGCGCACUGCGCAAGGACAUGCGGGCGCUGAAAGUGGAGCUCAAGGAGCAGGAGCUGGCUAAUGAGGUGGUGAUAAAGAACCUGCGCCUGAAACAUGCUGAGGAGAUCACCAAGAUGCGAAAUGACUUUGAAAGGCAAGUUCGAGAAAUUGAGGCCAAGUACGACAAGAAGAUGAAGAUGCUGAGAGAUGAGCUGGACCUGCGGAGAAAGACUGAGAUCCACGAGGUGGAGGAGAGGAAGAAUGGGCAGAUCAGCACGCUGAUGCAGCGCCACGAGGAAGCCUUCACUGACAUCAAGAACUACUACAAUGACAUCACUCUGAACAACCUGGCCCUAAUCAAUUCCCUCAAGGAGCAGAUGGAGGACAUGCGGAAGAAAGAAGAACACCUGGAGAGGGAGAUGGCGGAGGUAUCUAUGCAGAACAGGCGGCUGGCAGACCCUCUGCAGAAAGCGAAGGAUGAGAUGAACGAGAUGCAGAGGAGAAUUGGGAGCUAUGAAAGGGACAAGCACAUCCUGAUUUGCACAAAGGCACGUUUAAAGGUUGUUGAGAAAGAGCUGAAAGACCUGCAGUGGGAGCAUGAGGUGCUGGAGCAGAGGUUCAUCAAGGUGCAGCAGGAGAGAGAUGAGCUCUAUCGUAAGUUCACUGCAGCCAUCCAGGAGGUGCAGCAAAAGACAGGCUUCAAGAACCUGCUGUUGGAGCGUAAACUGCAGGCACUGAAUGCUGCUGUGGAGAAGAGGGAGGUGCAGUUCAACGAGGUGCUGGCAGCCUCCAACUUGGAUCCUGCAGCACUAACACUUGUGUCCCGCAAACUUGAGGAUGUUCUAGAGUCAAAGAAUACCACCAUCAAGGAUUUACAGUAUGAGCUGGCCCGGGUCUGCAAGGCCCACAAUGACCUACUGCGUACAUAUGAGGCAAAGUUACUGGCCUUCGGGAUCCCUCUGGACAAUGUGGGAUUCAAGCCCCUGGAGACAGCAGUGAUUGGACAGACACUGGGACAGGGCCCUGCAGGGCUUGUGGGUGCCCCUACAUAGCUACCUUCUGGGAGCUUCCGCCUUUAGAGUUGGCCUGCCUCACUUUCUAAAAGAUAACUAUUCUACUCCAAGAACAGACUUCAUCAGCAAUGAAAGUUUUCCCGUAUUUCCUUUGUAUUCUCUGUCUUUGUUGGGAAGAAGUGCCUGCAAGGCUUCUAAGGUCUCUUUGUCUACCUGCUUCCAUGUACUGCCCGGUUUGUGUCGUAUUUGCCCCUUUGAGUCCUACCUCCAACCUCUGCUUACUAACAUCUCCGGCAAGAGGGCAACUCAGUGUCCUGUGUUGAGCAUGAAGCCCCUGCUCUUGAUUUGGCUGGGCAGCUCAACCACAGAGGACUGGCAGGCUUCCUUUUUGGGCCAGGCUCUGCACAACCUCUCCUCUCCGUGACUUUUCUUACGCAGCUCAGGACCACUUUGCCUAGGGGUGGCACUGCCCGCAGUGGGCUGGGUACUCCACACCAAUUAUUAAUCAAGAAAAUGGCACACAGACUUCACCACAGGCAUCUGAUGGUGGCAUCUCCUCAUUCCAAGUGACUAGCUUGUGUCAAAUUGAUAAGAACUAACCAGUGCCAUCUCCUUUGUGAUGGUGAAAACCUAAGAGAAACCCAGAAGGUGCUGGGAGACAGUGAGUUACCUCAGUCCAGGAGCUGCUUGGUCCUGGUCUCCCUGGGAGAAUUCAGCUGCAUAUUGCAGCUGGGUUAACUGGGGUUUGGGAGACAAUCUGAACCUUCCUCUUUGGACAGCUCCAUGGAAUCUAGAGCUCCUGACUCUAGACAUGAAGACGAUCACAGGCUUCAGACGCGGUAGCUAGUGAAGGGAUGGAGGAAGGUAAGAGGAAGGAGAGGCUGCAUUGUGAGCUGAGGGGCGCUCAGUUGAGAGCCUGUGUACAGAGAGAUGAGUCACCCUUGGGCUGGCCUCUUACUUCCCUGACUAUACUGGAGGAAGGGAAGAGGAAGGGAAAAAGAAAAAACAGGAAGUGGUACUGGGCUGUAAAAUUGCAAACCUUGCUCCUAGUGAUAUACUUCUUCCAGCAAAGACGUCACUUCCUUAACCUUCCCAAACAGUACCCCCAGACUGGGGCGAGGUGUUCAAACACGUCAGCAUUUUCAUCCCGACCAUCAUACAACACAGACCUCUGUAUACAGUUUCGGAAGCUACAGAUGAUUGUAAGCGACCAUGUGGAUGCGAAGAGCUGAAUCUGGUCCCCUGCAAGGCAACACGUUAUUUUUCUUUUGUUUUUGCUUUUUUGAGAUAUGGUUUUUUUGGGAAGCCCUGGCUGUCCUAGAAGUCUAUCUGUAGACCAGGGUGGCCGAGAACUUAAGAUAUCCGCCUGCCACUGCUUUUGAGUCGGGACUGAAGUUAUGUACCACCAACUCAACGCCUAAUUACUGAGCCAAAUCUGCAGGCCUGCAGCACUUUUUUUAUGAAGAGCUACCUCUAUCUUCAGGCACAGCAAUGAAUCUAGAGAUUCCUGCCAUUCUUUCUGAGAGACUUGUGGGAGAACAGACAUGUUGCAGGAAAUGCUUCCUCAAUGGGCUGUCACCUGCUUUGCUCUAAGGCAGAUUUGUCUCUAAGAAUGAGGCCAAGAACAGGUAGACGACUUGGGUAGGAGGAUAUGCAUUUCUCUUUGGAGGAGGCUCUGGUACUGGUGGGCCUUUCUUGCUUAUGGCGACC